AUGACGAAAUGGAAUUGUACGAGUUUCAAACCUACUUUUAAGGGAUCUUUAUCCAUCAAAGUGACUGACUUGUCUCCAACGUUAGAUAUUGAUACAGAGUCAGAUGAUGCAUACUUGCUUUUGGCAACUACAGUUGGUGAAUUAGAAACAAAGCAUCGUAGACCAUUUGGUCGGAACACCGUUAAAAUUGCUACAAACAUAACGAUCAUUUCUUGGAAUGCAUCAAGGAUUGUGGACCAUGCUAGAGCUUUUGGCAAGAUUAAAGUUUUUUCAUUAGAUACUCAAAUUGAAGAAUUUUACUGGCCUAAAUGGGAUUAUAAUUUAACGAACGUUAAAUCAAAUGGACGAAAAUUUGGACGUCUCAGAAUUAAAGAUGGCCAUAUAAUAAGUUCCAUUUGGAUCCAAAGAAAAGCUGAUAUAGCAAGGAACAAUUAUUAUGUCGCGGUUGAUAUGUAUGAAGAUAAAGAAUUAUUUGGGAAAAUUGAAUAUUUUAUUGUACAUGAAUUUCGUGAAAAACUACACAUUCUUGCCUAUAUUCAAUGGACAAGUGAAUGUACAUAUAGAUAG